CGCGGACGAUCUCAUCCCGUUGAAAGCUCUUCCGAGAGGGAGGGAGUCCCCCCCCCCCCCCCCCCUUUUUCCCCUUCCCCAACGGCACUUUCUCCAUGGCGUCUCCGCAACAGUCCAGGAUUCAGUCCUACCUGGAGAGGAACAAAAUUGGGCAGUUGUUUGAGGAGCUGAUGACGAAACUGAUAAGCGAGACCCCCGACCGUCCCGUCCCUUUCCUCAUCGAGCACCUCCAGAGCAAGCAGGACAGCCCGGGAAAGAUGCACCGGGCGCUGUCCGGAUCGGCAGCGCUGUGGGCCCAGAGCUCCCCGGAAAGCAAAAACACCCGACGGGAGCCGCGCCACCGCGACAAGCCGCGGCAAAAUCACCUCCGCCAACCCAAGAAGUCCAAAAGCGACCUGGCCGUGUCCAGCCUGUCGCCUCCCUCGCCGGAAUCCAAGUCGUUGCCUCAGUGCCCGUCGUGGGAUUGGAGGGACAGCCGCGACCUGGACGAGCUCAACCACAUCCUGCAGGAGAGCAAAAAGCUGGGCCGGGCCCUGGAGAGCCUUUCUCGCAGCAUUGCCACCUGCGACGACAUCGAUCAGAACUUGGGAGGCUUCAACCCGGUGCUGCGCCCCCGAGUGGUGGGCGAGUGGACGGGCCGGGCCGAGGAGGACGCCGACCCGCUGGCCGCCGAGAUGCUGCGGCCCCCCGUCCCGCGGGCGAAAAACCACCCGCGCCGGAGCGGGGACGGCCUUCCCGUCGCCAGUGUCAAGAUGGCCGCCAAAGGGCCAAAGGAGCUGCAGCAGCAUCACAGGAAGCUCCUGGCCGCCAUGUUGGCGCAGGUGACGUCGGAACCCCUCGGCGGUCCCGUCGCCGAAGACGACAUGGAGGAGGACGACGACGACGCCGUGGAGCUGUUGGAGGACCUGGAUGACCUUCGCAUGGAAGGCGUGAGCGGCCCGGUUCCGUCCGGCUGUAAAUUCAGUCAAGGGCGCAGCGCCUACCAUGCGGAACCUCAGGCCAAAGUCACGCUCAACAUCUGUUCUCGAUGUGCCAAGUUGCAGGGCGACAGCCUCUCCGCCAGCAGGUCCCAGGACCCCCUGCGGCCUGACGGGACCCACCGAGCCGGGCCCGACAUCUCAUCCGCGUUGCCCGGGGCGGACUCUUCGGCGGCGGCGGGACGCUUGCAGGAAUGCGAGGCGCCAUCUCAAGUGUCCGGUUCUCGUCAGCCAGUCUGGGAGUCUGAUCUCAAAGCGAAGAGGACUGGUGGUCCACUCCUGGGGGACCCCCUCUUCUCCAAGGAGCUGGAGAGCAUGGGCAAGCAGCUCGCUGAGGUCGAGAAGGACUUGGCCAAGCUGGCGGAAGCGGGCAAGAUGAGCAGUCGGAACAACCCCCACGGCCUCCGCCACGGUCCUCUCGUCCACCGGACCCUCCCCGACACGUUGCCCCUCACCAGCCUCCUCUGCAGGCCCCACUCGCCGGGCGGGGGCGCUCUCUCGGGCAAGGGGUGCGGCGCGGGGCUCCCCCUGCCCAGCCCCAGGUCGGCAUCCCCGCGGUCGGGCGGCCGCGUCGUCGGCAACCCCGGCGGCAGGACGCUCCUCACGCCCGGCAGCCUGCGCUCGGGCUUCGACCCUCACAAGGGGGUGACGUUCAGGAGGUCCCGGAGUCGCCCGGUGACGCCCACCGGGCAGCCCGCCCGCACCCGACGGUUGCUCACGCCGCCCGGGCUCAGCACCACCGACAGCCUGGGGGCCAGCCUGAGGGCUUACCUGUCUGAGAACGAGUUCUACCAGCAGUUGCAGGCCAUCCGGCAGCCGUGGCGCAUCCCCAGCGACAGCGACAGCGACGUCGCCGAGCCGCCCGAGCGAGACAAAAGUGCCAACAUGAGAUCGGUCUUUUCAGGCCUGUGAAGACGGCGAGGAUCCCGUCCGACAAUUAUGCAAGCCGCCGGAUAUUUUAAACAAAUUCCGUUAUUUUUAUAACUCCUGCGAAUGAGAUUGUACGUUUUUUUUUUCUUUUUCCACCAAUAUUUCAUAGACUGUUACUAUCUGAUCUUUUUUUUUUAUUAUUUUUUAUUUUUGUUCGCUCUUUAGCAUGCUAUGGGACUCCAUGCAUGGCUGCGUUUUGCGGUUUGAAAACGUCUUCCGAGGGAGCGCCGGGGUCAAAUUUUCAAAUUUGCUCCGCGUCCGAAAAUGACCGCUCACGAUUUGGCGCUAUGAAAGAUGUUUUCAAACACGGAGGAAGCUAAAUGAAUGCCGGUAUGCUAAUAAAACGAUCUGAUGACUUUUCACUUUGGUUCAAAUUGACUUCGAGGAAGCUUUUUUCAUCACAGCACCACCUGGUGGAUCUGGCGGGUCGCUACGGCGCUCAGGA